AUGGCUCAGCUUGCUAAGACGGCCGUUGCCGCUCUCUCCAAGAAACUUGUUGCCCCAGCUGCCGUGGCCCGUCGUACCUUGGCCACCGAGGCAUCACCAGAAGACUACGGAUACUACCCGGAUCCACUUGAGCACGCCACUGGACGCGAAAAGAAGAUGCUUCUUGCUCGUCUUGCUGGAGAUGAUCGUUACGAGCCAAAGGUCUACUACCGUGCCGAGGCUUCCACCAAGCAGAAGCCAAAUUUGGUCCCAUCUCACUACGACUUCAGAAUCAUCGGAUGCAUGUGCGAGCAAGACUCAGGACAUGUCAACUUCAUGACUAUUGCCAAGGGAGAGCCAAAGAGAUGCGAGUGCGGACAUUGGUUCAAGGGAGUCGACGCCGACCCAGAAUCCAUCUAA